CUUCGUUCUCCCUCUCUCUCUCUCCUGUCACAGCUGUUUCCUCGCUCUCUCUCUCUCUCUCUUCCCCGGUCGCCAUUCCGAUUCCACCGACGGAGCUGCGAUCUGGGGGAUUGGCUUCGCCUCGCCGCAUUGCGCUCCUGUCCGGCGGAUCUCGCUCUCCACCUGGCGAUUCGUACGGGCGCGUUCGAGCCUCCGAUCCAGAUCGCGCGUGCGAGCGAGGAUGACGGGCGAUGUCGACGGGCACCGCGAGGCAUCCGCGGUCGUCUCGUCGGUGAAUGGCAAAAUCGAUGAGGAGUGCGGGAUGGGCGUGAGAGCUCAGCAGGAUCUGGUGAAGAGCGUAGGCGAUUGCAAUGGCGCGUCGCACCGCCGAGAGGAGGAGGCGGUUGAUAAUGGAAUCGUGAAUGGCAAUGGGCACAGCAAGGACGAUGCUGAUGGCGCCAAUGUUUUCGUCAAAGGGAGUGAGGCUGUUGGUGAGGGAGUCGGCAAUGGUUUUGUUGAUGCCGAUCUGAGGGAAGAGAGCGUCGAGGGUAGAGCGAGUGAUAUUGAUGUGGGGGGCUCCAAGGUUAGUGCUGAAAAUGGUAAUUGUGAUGUCGAGCAGGCAGCUGUUAAUGGAGAGAAUGGAGAUGGGGAAGGCAAGUUGGUGAAUAGAGAAAAUGGGGACCAUCAUUUUGACGAGCAUAUUGUUGUGAACGAGGUUGAACUAGUGGAACAGGAAGGCAACGAUGUGCAUAUUGAAGAAAAAAAUGAGGAGACCGUGGUUGAUGAGGCUGACACUGAUGCAGGUCAUGGCAAAGCUGUUGACCUGAAUGAUGGCGAGUGUCAUGUUGAGGAUCAUCUUGUGGACAAUGGCACUGGAGUGGAAGAUUCGCAGGGUGAAUUCAUCGAGAGCAUGCUGGCUGGCAGUACUUCUGCUGAAGAGCAAAAUCGUGAGGCGGGUAUUGCGGAAUCUACUCUCUAUAAAUUGCAUGAGGGGGAUUUUCACAUUGAAAAGCAACCUGCGGUGGAGUUCUCUUUAGACAUAUCCGAUGGAUUUUCGGGGUCAUGCGAGGCAAUGGUUGCGGCAUCCAAAUGCGAGAAAACAUUUGAAGUCCCACAGGCUGACGAAGGAGACUCUUUUGGACAAAUGGGCGGAGAUCAGAAGUCCUCUUUAGAAGUGGAUCCCUCUCUGGAGGCUUCAGAAGAACUUUCAGGGUCUUGUGAUGCAACUGUUGUGGCAUCUGAAUGUGAGAGAACAUCUGAAGUUCCACAGGCUGACCAAGCAGACUCUUCUGGUCAAGUGGACGAAGAUCAGAAGUUUGAGUUGAAAAUUGAGGAUUCUGGGGAGGGUGAGGUCCUCAAGAUUGAUGACGGUGGUAACAAGGAUGAACAGGUUAUGGAGGAAAGAAUAUCAUGUCCAGACAUAGAACCAGAACAGAACCAUGAACCUCAGAGAACAUUUGAAGUCCCACAGCCCGACCAGGCGGACUUUUCUGGCCAAGUGGACGAGGAUCAGAAGUCUAAGUUGACAAUUGCGGAUUCUGGUGAGGGUGAGGUCCUCAAGAUUGAUGACUGUGGUAACGAGGAUGAAAAGGUUGUGGAGGAAAGAAAAUCAUGUCCAGACAUAGAACCAGAACAGAACCAUGAACCUCAGAGAACAUUUGAAGUCCCACAGCCCGACCAGGCGGACUCUUCUGGCCAAGUGGACGAGGAUCAGAAGUCUAAGUUGACAAUUGCGGAUUCUGGUGAGGGUGAGGUCCUCAAGAUUGAUGACCAUGGUAACGAGGAUGAAAAGGUUGUGGAGGAAAGAAAAUCAUGUCCAGACAUAGAACAAGAACAGAACCAUGAACCUGAGAGAACAUUUGAAGUCCCACAGCCUGGCCAGGCAGACUCUUCUGGCCAAGUGGAUGAGGAUCAGAAGUCUGAGUUGACAAUUGUGAAUUCUGGUGAGGCUGUGGUCGGCAAGAUUGGUGAUAGGGUUGGUAACGAGGAUGAAAAGGUUAUGGAGGAAAGCAUUUCAUGUUCAGGUGUAGAUACAGAGCAGAAUCCUGAACCUGAAGUGAUUUUGACGAAGGAACUUGUUUGUCCAGACAUUGAACCAGAGCAGAACCAUGAACCUGAGAGAACAGUUGAAGUUCCACAGGCCAACCAAGCGGACUCUUCUGGCCAAGUGGAUGAGGAUCAGAAGUCUGAGUUAACAAUUGCAGACUCUGGUGAGGGUGAGGUCGGCAAGAUUGAUGACAGGGUUGGUAACGAGGAUGAAAAGGUUAUGGAGGAAAGCAUUUCUUGUUCAGACGUAGAUACAGAGCAGAAUCCUGAACCUGAAGUGAUUUCGAUGAGGGAACUUGUUUCAGACAAAGAUAACUCAUCAACAAAAAUGGUCAAUGAUUCUUCUUCACAAGCAGCCCCAGAGGACAUGAGCAUGAAAUCUAAUAAGAUUGCUACGGCGGACACGAGGGCUGGCCCUUUUUCUGAUGACACUGGUGAUGUUGAGCCAACUGCCUCUGCACCUGAUCAUAUUGCUUCCAAGAAUGUUGAGCAUGAGGCUGUGAUGGACACCCUCGAUUCCAGUCAAGAGAUAAAUGAAGAGGCUCCUACAUCAGAGAACACUGAAAGCAACCCUUCCUCAGUCAGUUGUGGCAAUGUACCUGUUCAAAUUGAACUUGAAGAAGUGAAUGCUGAAGAAAACCAGACUGGCAUUCCUCAAUGUGUGGAUUCCCAUUUGGGAGUCAGAGAAGAGAAUGAUUCAACUGUAGUAGAUGUAUCGUCAAGUUGUUCUGCUACUAAUUUAAGUGCAACCACAAAGAUAUGUUUUGGUUCCAUCAGCCAGAUAGAAAUAUCUUCCAUUCCUUCAGACGACAUUAUUGCAGAGCCAAGAGGUUCAGAUUCUCUUUCCCACUCUGCUGGAAGCCAUCAUACCCGUACUACGGAAUGCCCUUCAAAUGAUACAGCUGAAAAUGGAAGUUUCUCUGCUCAAGAUAGCAAAUUGGGAUCAAAGAACGAGCUGGAUGCUGUAUUGGAUGAGAAGAGAGAAGAUCAAUCCACCAUUGAGAAUGAUAAACCGCCAUGUUCACAAGCAGAAGGUGUUGACGGAGUUGCCCAGAAUGAUGCAGCACUGGCAGAGGUUUCUCGUAUCCCUCCUUCUGAAGAACAAAAUGUUGGCAGUGAGGGGGAAAAGAAACUAUUUAACUUUAUCAUAAAGAUUCCCCGAUAUGAUGACGAAAAUUUGAAACAACAGAUCAACGAAGCUCAGUUGCAAGUGACUGAGAAGACGCAAAGUCGGGAUGCUAUUCAAGCUGAAAUCCAGAUUAUAAAGGCUUCUUGCAAGGAGCACAGUGAAAAUAUUGAAGCUGCCUUAUCCGAAGAGAAUGCUGCACGGGAGUUGUUCAAGUCUAAAAGGGAGGAAAUAGAGUCUGUUCAAUCUGUUAUUAACAAAGUGAAGAAUGCAAUUACAGUGGGUGACUAUGAUGUAAGGAUACAGAAUAUGGAACAAAAGAUACAGCAUGAAACCCUGCCUUUAAAGGAAGAAAAGCAAUUGGUCCGUGAUAUUAAGCAACUAAAGCAUUCACGAGAGCAGCUUACUAACAAUAUGGGAGGGCUUGAUGAACUCAAGCUGGCUUUGGAUCAAAGAGAGCAAACUGAGGAGCGUCUGAAGUCUCUUAGGAGGGAAGCAGAUCUGCUGAGAGAAAACGUCUUAAAAGCUGAGGCAGUCACGAAAUCUGCUAAGAGAAAGUACUCCGAUGAGAGAGAUAGGCUUCGUGAAUUGCAGGGUCAGUUUAGAGAUGCCGAUAAAAUACGCCAAGAGGCAUAUAUUCAUCUAAAGAAUUUAAGGAAGCAAUCAUAUGAGAAGAACAAGUACUUCUGGAAAUACAAGGAUGAUAUGAAGAUGUCGAUUGACUUGGCGUCAAAGGGAGAUAGGGAGGCACUCUCUCGGUUCUGCAUUGAUCAAGUGGAGACGGUCAUGGAAUCAUGGAAUGAAAAUAUUGAUUUCAGGGAAGAGUAUGUUAGAUGCAAUCACCCUAGAACGUUAAGGAGACUCGGCACAGCUGAUGGUCGUUCCCUUGGACCCGAUGAGGUGAUGCCUGCUAUGCCUACUGCUGUAAAUCAAACAGCACUUAGAUAUAAGUCCAUGUCUGCUCUUCCAAGUAUAGAGCAAGAAAAGGCAUCUAUUGUUGUGGAAGCUAGACCAGCAGCAGAUGAUAAGUUACCCGUGAAAGAGGUGGAGCAAAAGAAACAGAAAGCCAAGAAUUCUGCAAAACCUGUUGCCCAGGUCGAGGACUUGGUAACAGUUUCAAGCAGAGAUGUGGCCACUGUGGAAAUGGAAGAGCCCAAGCUAUCAAAGGAGGAAGUGGAAUUGGCAAAGAAGGCGGAAGAAUUGAGGAAGGCGGAGGAGGCCGCUAUGUUGACGGAGCAACGGCGAUUAGAGGAAAAGGCCAAAGCUAAGGAGGCUUUGGAGAGGAAGAAACGAAAUGCUGAGAGGGCCCUCGCAAGAGCUGCUUUGAAGGCGCAGAAGGAAGCUGAGCAGAAGGAGAAGGAAAGGGAGAAGAAGGCAAAGAAAAAGGAAAGGAAGAAUGGCGGAGGCGCCAUUGCAACGCCUUCAGACAAUGGCAUUGAAGGAGAACCCGCUUCGUUCUCGGAAAUGACUGCCGAGGCUUUAGCAGAUUUCGAUACUAAAGACAAGCCUGCACUGAUGGUGAAGCGAACUCAAAAACCAUCGCAUUUCGUAAAACAAACCAAAGUAAAGCCCAUUCCUCCCACUCUCCGCAACAGGGGAAAGAGAAAGAUGCAGCCUUGGAUGUGGGCUGUCCUUACUGUGCUGCUUGUGCUUGCCCUAUUUUUGGUGAGCAAUGGCUGGAAUCUCUUCUAGUCAGGGGUCGGUAGUUUGCUUUUGCGAGUGCAUCUGGACUUCGGUUUUACAUGAGGGUUUCAUCAGGGUAUUAUAUAGGUAAGAUAUACACAAGUGAUUCUUUUAUAUAUUCAGGGAAGGUUUUGAGCUAAACUCGUGUUCUUUUUAUUAUAAAGAGGCCUUUUGGCCCUCACAUACGGCAUAUAGAUUGGUUGGUCUUGUCCUCUUGUUAGUAUUUAUUACUGUAAGCAGAUAUUCAAAGGAACCAGAAAGUUGUUUGCUUCUAUUUGUUAU